CCACCUGAACGUCACAUCUCGGAGUCUUUCCUGGUUGUGGGAUAGUUAAGAUAGCGUUGUUAGACGAUACGAUAAUCUACACUGUGAAUAUAACAUCUCUAUGAAACAUAUAUAUUAGAUAAACACUAGACAGUAAGACAUCAGAACCGCGCUGAUUCAACUUCCUGAAACAUGUUCCCGUGUGACUUUGCGUGGGGAGCGGGAACUGCAGCUUAUCAAAUAGAAGGUGGCUGGCAGGCAGACGGCAAGGGACCGAGUAUCUGGGACACAUUUUGUCACGAGAAAGGCGGCAGAGUGUUUGGGGAGCAGCAUGGAGAUGUGGGCUGUAACAGCUACGAACUGUGGGAGCAGGAUCUGGAGUGUAUCCAGCAGCUCGGACUGACGCACUAUCGCCUGUCCCUCUCCUGGGCCCGUCUCCUGCCGGAUGGGACCACACGGCACGUCAAUCAAAAAGGUGUGCAGUAUUACAACAAGGUGAUUGAUGAUUUGCUGGCCUGUAAUGUAUCACCCAUGGUCACACUGUACCACUUUGACCUGCCUCAAGCUCUCCAAGAUCAAGGUGGCUGGAAAUCACCAGAAAUAGCGGCCAUCUUUGACAGCUAUGCAAAGUUUUGCUUCCAAACAUUUGGUGACCGCGUCAAGCUUUGGAUCACCAUUAAUGAGCCCUAUGUGUGCGCCAAGCUGGGCCAUGAAGAUGGCAUCCAUGCCCCGGGAUUAAAAGAACCGGGGGUUGCUGCCUACAUGGUGGGCCAUAACAUGCUGCGUGCCCACGCCAUGGCCUGGCACAGCUACAACUCCUCCUAUAGGACAAAGCAGGAAGGUGCUGUGUCUCUGGCCAUCAACAGUGACUGGCUGGAGCCAUCAACAGCAGGCUGCACAGAGGAUAUCUCUGCCACUGAGCGCUGCCUUGCAUUUACACUAGGGUGGUUUGCGUGGCCAGUGUUUGUGACUGGAGAUUAUCCAGAAGUAAUGAGAUCUGCCAUCGACGCUCAAAGUGAGAAGCUGGGGUUCAGAGGCAGCUCACGACUGCCCUGUUUCUCAAAGGAUGAGCCUGCCAUUUUGGGCACAGCUGACUUCUUUGCGUUGAACUACUACACGUCUCGUAAGGUGAAGCCAGGAGGAGGAAGUUGUGGAAAGAUGAGUAUGAAGAGCGACCGUGAUGCAGAAGAAGUUUUGGAUCCUUCCUGGCCUCUCUGUGGUGUUUCCUGGCUCGCUGUAGUUCCCCACGGCUUAAGGAAACUGCUCAAGUACAUCAAGGACACUUUCAGCAACCCAGCAGUCUACAUUACUGAGAAUGGCUUCUCGCAGGUGGGGCCACUGCAAAUUGAGGAUGCCCAGCGCUCCGAGUAUUACAAGGAAACCAUCUUGGAAGUGGCUAAAGCAAUACAAGAAGAUGGCGUCAACGUCCGUGGAUAUUUUGCGUGGUCGCUGCUGGACAACUUUGAAUGGGCCGAUGGAUUCAGCGUUCGCUUUGGAUUGUUCCACGUGGAUUUCGGGGACGCAAAGCUAAGCCGAACCAUGUACCAGUCUGGACGGGAGUACGCAAAGACGGUCAUCAAAUACAAAGGAGGUCGAUCCAGAUAAAAAGACUGUUAUACAUUCUUAAUAAACAAGCGGCUCUCGCUCAGUGUAGAUCAGAAAUUUAAAGCAUUUAAUUUAAUUCCACUUUUGAAAAUGUUCAGGGAGAAAGUCCAACAAAUAGGCUUACUUGGCUGCCUUUAUAGAAAUUCUGACUUCAGCAGGGGACGUGAGGACAAGGAGCGUUAAGUCGAUUCAAUGGAAUGCAAAUUAGUAUUCUGUUCUGCCCAGUACCCAGUCAAUCUGUACAAGGAGGUUUAUGAAGAAGGGAGAGUCCCUCUCUGAGACAGCCAAGACAGCUGCUGCAGACACUUCACAGGGCUGAAUGUAUUUGUCAAUGAUUAAAUGAAGUAUUAAGGGUGUUACCAUCUUGGGAAACAGCAUUGUUAUGCAUCUUAUGUGUUUAGUCAUGAAGUAAUUCAGUUUGGCAGUCUUCUUAAAUGUACCUGUGAGAGUCAGGUGAGUGUGUCUGUUUGAUACUUUGCAUUGUAGUCUGAAGUUUCAGGUUGACUGGGAGGUGGAAGCCUCCCCUGAUACUGUAGGGAAAAUAAAUCACACAUUAUGCA